AAGUACUUUACGGUCGAGUCGGCGUACGCGAGCGCCGGCAACAUGGAAGACAUUGUCAUGGCGCUCCGCAAGGCGCACAUGGACAACCUCGGGUCCGUGUUUGGCAUUGCCCGCGCGCACCUCGCGAUCGACCGCCGGUCGCGCUGCCUCCUCGACAUUCUGCAGCACAUUCACGAAGGCGCCAAGGACUCGCAUGCGUCGUAUGUGCCCAUGCUGGAGGCGAUCGCCAACUUCCGCGGCCGCCACUACUCGCUCGUGGCGUUGGAAGCGCGCCGGAUCCUCGUCGACCGCAAGAUGCCGUCGUAUUCGGACCGGCUGCUCGAGAUGGAGACGCUGCUCAAGGCGAUUGUGGCCGCGCCGACGCCCGACCACGAGACGCCGGCGUUCGUGUCGCUCCUCGACCAGCCGCAGCCGAUCUUCGACUUGCUGAUCUCGCUUUUGCACCACAAGGAAGCGCGAGUCCGCGAAGUUGCGCUCAACUUGUACAUUCGCCGCAUCUACCGGUCGUACGACAUUGCCAAGAUGGAGCUCCAUGACACACCGUCGCUGCUCGCGACCAAGUUUGAGUUCAAGUCGCCGGCCGACCAGGCGCUCGCGAUGAAGGGCUCCAUGUCCAAGGCCGACUCGUACAACGACCUCGCGAGCUUGCUCAAGAAGGGCUCGUCGAGCACGAACCUCGUGUCGCUCACGCGCUCCGAGUCGACCGGCUCGGACUCGGACUCGUCGCUUUCCAAGUCGAUUGGCCGCUCGAUUCCGUCGACGGUGCAGCGUCACGGUCUCCUUGCGGCGUUCGAGACGCUCGCGGCGUUUGAAGCCAACGUCGAGUCGCUCCUUGGCAUGGUGCCGCCGCGGAAUGCGCUCGCGGGGCUCAAGGGCGGCGACUACGUCCACGUCCUCCACGUGAUCCUCCUCACGCACGAGCACUCGGAAGACGAGGCGCUGGCGGCCCUCCAGCGCGCCGUGCGCAAGAUCAAGGACACGCUCGCGUCGCGCCUUGUCCGCCGCAUCACGUUUGCCGUCAAGCCGGCGGUCAACGCGACGCUGGAUGCGACCUCGACGUACCAUCUCUACCCGGGCAUCUACACGUUCCGCCAAAACAUGAACUACGAGGAAGACGCGAUCGUCCGCCACAUGGAAGCGCCGCUCGCGUACAUGCUCGAGCUGCCGCGCCUCGGCAACUACAACGUGGUGACUGUCGACUCGAAGGACAAGAACGUGCAUCUAUACCUCUCAACGCCCAAGAGCAGCGCGCUGUCGGCGGCCAAGGCCACCAAGAAGGACGUCUUCCAGCGCUUCUUUGUGCGUGCGGUCGUGCGCCAGCUCGAGCGCCUCGACGACUCGCUCUCGUCGUCGUUCGAUGCGCACCCGGGCCCGGAGCGCACGCUCGUUGACGCGCUGAACGCGCUCGAGCUUGCGAUGGGCGCCAACGUGGCCGACCCGUCGCUGCCGAUCAAGAACAACCACGUCUUUAUGAACGUUGCGCCGGAAGCCGUCGUCGACCCGCAGUACCUCGAGGCCGUCAUUCGCAUCUUGGCGUCGCGGUAUGCGGACCGCCUCGCGCAGCUCAAGGUGUCGCAGGUCGAGCUCAAGAUCGGCGCCAAGUUCAACGACAACGCGUACUCGAUCCCUGUGCGACUUGUGGCGUCCAACCCGACCGGCUACGUGCUCCGCGUCGAGGCGUACGUCGAAGCGCAAGAGAUGCAGAACGGCUCGGAGGUCAACAUCUUCUCGAGCAUCGGCGACGAUGUGGUCGGCGAGCUCGACGGGCUCCCAGUCUCGACGCCAUACCCGGUCACGUACGCGUUUGACGCCAAGCGCGAAGCCGCCAAGCGCUCGAGCGACACGAUCUACGCCUACGACUUCUUGGAGCUCAUCGAACAUGCGCUCGGCCGCGUGUGGCGCAAGUACGCGAGCGACCGCGCCAAGGCCCGUGUGCCCACCAAGAUCCCGAGCCGCCUCCUCGACGUGCACGAGUUUGUCUUGACCAGCAACGACGAAGCGGUCGAACUGGUGCAGCGGCCGCGCGGUCUCAACGACGUUGGCAUGGUCGCGUGGGUGCUCACGCUGGCGACGCCCGAGGUGCCCGCCGGGCGCAAGCUCGUGCUGAUCGCCAACGACAUUACGUUCAACGCCGGGUCGUUUGGCACGCGCGAAGACAAGCUCUUUGACCUCGCCUCCAAGUACGCGCGCGCGCACGGCUUGCCGCGGCUGUACUUUGCGGCCAACUCGGGCGCGCGCAUUGGCAUGGCCGAGUCGAUCAAGGCCAAGUACCAAGUGUGCUGGAAGGACGCGGCGGACCCGAGCAAGGGCUUUGAGUACCUCUACCUCACGCCGGAGGACUAUGCCUACUUUAGCAGCGUGAACGCGGUCCACGCGACGGCCAAGACGCUGCCGGACGGCCAAGUCCGGUAUGUCCUCACCGACAUUAUCGGUGAGGAGAAGGACCUCGGUGUCGAGAACCUCAAGGGCUCGGGCUGCAUCGCCGGCGAGUCGUCGCGCGCGUACGAAGACAUCUUCACGCUCACGUACGUGUGCGGUCGCAGCGUCGGCAUUGGCGCGUACCUCGUGCGUCUCGGCCAGCGCACGGUGCAGAACGUCUCGAGUGCGCCCAUCAUCCUCACGGGUUUCCAAGCGCUCAACAAGCUCAUGGGCAAGGACGUGUACACGUCCAACGACCAGCUCGGCGGCGUCAAGAUCAUGCACAACAACGGCGUGACGCACCUCACGAGCGCCAACCACAUCCACGGCAUCGCUUCGAUCCUCAACUGGCUCAGCUUUGUGCCCUCGGUGCGCGGCGGCCCGCUCCCGGUGCGCGACAUUGCGGGCAUUGAUGUGAUUGAUCGCCCGAUCGCGUUCACGCCGACGCGCGUGGCGUACGACCCGCGCGAGCUGCUCACGGGCAAGGUGGUGGACGCCGCGUGGGUCUCUGGAUUCCUCGACAAGGGCUCGUUUGUCGAGACGCUUGCGGCGUGGGCCAAGACGGUCGUUGUCGGUCGCGGCCGCCUCGGUGGUAUUCCCGUCGGUGUCGUGGUCACCGAAGUCCGCACGGUGGAGAAGGUGACGCCGGCCGACCCGGCCGCGCCGACGACGCAAGAGGCGACGGUCCAGCAGGCCGGCCAAGUCUGGUUCCCCGACUCGGCGCACAAGACGGCGACCGCGAUCCGCGACUUCAACGGCGAAGACCUCCCGCUCUUCAUUUUGGCGAAUUGGCGCGGCUUCUCGGGCGGCCAGCGCGACAUGUUUGACGAAGUGCUCAAGUUUGGCGCCGAGAUCGUCGACGGGCUCGUCCACUACAAGCAGCCGGUGUUUGUGUACAUCCCGCCGUUCGCCGAGCUCCGCGGUGGCGCGUGGGUCGUUGUCGACCCGACGAUCAACGCCGACGUCAUGGAGAUGUACGCCGACCCGCAAGGCCGCGGUGGCGUCCUUGAGCCCGCGGGUUUGAUCGAAAUCAAGUACCGCAAGCCGGCGCUUCUCGCGACUGCCCACCGCGUCGACGCGACCUUGCUGCGCCUUGACGCGGCGCUCGCGGCCGCCGAUGAGAGCGCGCGUCCGGACCUCCUCCGCGACAUUCGCCUCCGCGAAGCCAAGUUGCUGCCGAUUCUGACGCAGAUCGCAACGCACUUUGGCGACCUCCACGACACGCCGGGUCGCAUGAAGGCCAAGGAGGUCAUCCGCGACGUGGUCGCGUGGGAGACUGCCCGCGUGUACUUCUACAACCGCCUCAAUCGCCGCCUCGCCGAGUUCCGCGUGCGCCGCCUGAUCCAGGCCGCGUCGAGCGCCGAGAUGGUCAGCAGCAGCUUUGGCGCGACCGAAGCGACGAUCCAAGCGUGGUUUGAAGCCCAGAACAGUGGGGCGUCGUGGUCGGACGACAAGGUCGUCGCGUCCUGGCUCGUCCGCGACACGGACUGGAUCCACAAGAAGGUCGAGACGCUCCACCAAGAACGCAUUGCGCGCGAGGUCACGCGCCUCGGUCUCCAGGACCCCAACGCCGCCGUCGUCGGCAUCCUCCACCUCAUCUCGGAGCUGCCGGCGGCCGACCGCGAAGAAGUCAUCACGGCGCUCCGUCGCGGCUCGAUCUUUGCGCGCACCCAAAACUAAGACGUCGUCUUGUCUGUACUUGGAUAUCUGCGUGUCUACUUUCAAUGUAUCAAGCUUACUCUUACCUAUACUGUCAAUGUAUCAAGCAUACGCUUUCAAUGGUCUCUUGCGCGUCAGCAGACGACCUGC